AUGUAAAAAGAUGGUAGAGCAAUCAAAUAUGAAUAGCUCUAAAACAUAAAAGACAUGCCAUCUAAAAAACCUUCUUUAAUUCUACCAGAGAAAUAAGCAGAGAAAAAUAAAACGCAAGCAGUAAAACAGUUAAUAAAAAAGAAUAUUUUAGUAACUAAAAAUAUUUAGUUUUAUUAAUUCUCAGCUAUUUCCUUCAAAAAGAAAGUAUAACCAAUAAAACUUGAAAAUGUUUUUUAAUCUGAAGCUAAUUCAUUGUAUGUCUGA